AAUGCGGCAUGUAAGUGAAGAAGGCAAGUGAAGGUGAAGAGUAUAAAAGCGGUAUUCUUUCCGAAGCUUUUCUGAGAGAGGAAGACAAAUUAAACUGCUAUUAUGUCAAAAGAAUAACAUAAUAUGCGAUCAAGGUUGCAACAUGUAAUAUACGCAUAUUAUUGAUUAUUGAGACUUUAAGUAUGGAUGGGUAUGACAAAGUAAAAGUGGUUGGUAAAGGAAGCUAUGGAGAAGUGUGGUUGGUUAAACACAAAAAAGACAAGAAACAUUAUGUAGUCAAAAAGCUAGAGAUUAGAAAUGCCUCAAAAAAAGAACGGAUUGCUGCUGAACAAGAGGCAAAGUUGCUUUCCAAGCUGCGACAUCCUAAUAUAGUAUCAUACAAAGAUUCCUUUGAAUCGGAAGAUGGUCACUUGUACAUCGCCAUGGGUUAUUGCGAUGGAGGAGACUUGUAUAACAAACUGAAGGAACAGAAAGGUGCCGCUCUUGAGGAGAAACAAAUUGUUGAGUGGUUUGUACAGAUUGCAAUGGCACUACAGUAUAUGCAUGAGCGGAACAUCUUGCAUCGAGAUUUGAAAACUCAGAAUAUUUUUUUAACAAAAAGUAAAAUCAUCAAAGUUGGUGAUCUUGGAAUUGCAAGAGUUUUAGAUAGUUGUAACGAUAUGGCAACAACUCUCAUUGGUACACCAUACUACAUGAGUCCAGAACUCUUCUCAAACAAACCAUACAACCAUAAGUCUGAUGUUUGGGCGCUAGGGUGCUGUGUAUAUGAAAUGACUACCCUCAAGCAUGCAUUCAAUGCCAAGGAUAUGAAUUCUUUAGUGUAUAAAAUUCUUAGAGGAAAGAUGCCUGCAAUGCCAAAGCAGUACAGUGUUGAACUGAUAGACCUUAUUAAGAGUAUGUUGCACCAAACUCCUGAUAAAAGACCAAGCGUGGCCAGAAUACUGCGUAAUCCAUUCAUCAAAAAACACAUAGCCCUGUUUCUCGAAAGCACACGAAUGCGACGACCAAAUUCUGGGAGUUCUGAUUCUCGUCGUUCAUCUAAGACUGAGAUAGUUUCCACACCCAGAAAGGAGCCAGAAACUGCAAAAGAACCUGAGGUAAAAAAAGUAAAAAAAAAGAGACCAACUUCAGGUUCUAAGGAAAGAAAAUUAGAAAAACAAUCAUUUGAUAUAGCACCCCCACGCUCAGGAUCUGGUGAUAGUAGGGCAAGGAAAGGAAGGCCGCUUCCUCCAGCCCCUUCUAAAGCCGAUACGCCACGUAAGAGUGCAAGUGCAAAGAGUAAACUUGCCGUGCAGAACAGCAAGUCUGGCUCAGGUGGCAAAAAGUCUGUAUCAUCAUCAUCAAGCUCAGUGUCAAGUUCAAAGGAAGAUAGCACACCACGCAGUCCUGAACUGGAUGUCAGCUUAUGAGGUACUAGAUCAGUAUGAAGAAGAUGAAAUUGAGUUGCAGUUAAUCAAAAUAUUGGGCCGUGAGAAGUUUGAUAUUUAUGGUGGCAAGAUCUGGCAGUUGAAAUUCUGUGAAGAAACUGUAUUUGGAUAGAUGUGAAGAUAAAUACUCUGUGCAAGAUGCUGAAUAAGUUGUAGAACAGACGAAUGCCUUUAAGAUACCGGAAUUGAUAUGUUGGUAUAGGAUCAUUUCUCCAAGGUGCUGAAAUGUAUACAAGUACUGUACCCAUUAGAUUCUAGAAAAUUAUUUUCUGGUACAAAACACUUGAGUACUAAACAGCGUUUUACAGAAUGUAGGUCAUUAAGAUGCUGGUUUUUCGGUGGAACAGAAUCGGUACCGUUUUACAAUUUGUAUUUUAAUCUUUAUCACCUUGACGACAGGACAGCAUAUUUUACGAAAUGAUGACUUUAUUAGAAAUAAGUAAAAUAACAUAGUGAUAUAAAAAACUUAUGUAAGUAUUUUUUAUUAUGUGCAAGAGCUGUUAAGUGAGUGACUGUGCACUGUAGGAGAGAGGUGCCCCAUUCUGUGUGUGAUGUAAGUGUUUGAGCUGUGACUUUAAAACUAUAUUGUUACACAACACUAAAAAGAUUUUGAAAUAUACAAGACUGUAUCUCUACAUUGAUAAAAACUAUUAUUUAAUAUCUAAUCUAGAUUGAAUUCAAAUAUCAAUUAGAAAUAUGUAAGAUAACAUAGUGACAUUAAAAAUGUAUGUAAAUGUUUUAUUAUUUGUAAGAGGUGUUAAGUGAGUGAUGUGUGCACUUUGUAUUACAUGUUUUUUGAGUACUUUGUUGGUUGUGGAAAGCAAUCUUAAUUCUGGUUAAUAUUUAAUUGACUUAUUUUGCUUGAAUAAAAAUUAGGUAAAUUAAACUCAUACUUGAAUUAGAGGAAAUACAUUUAUUGUGGAUUCAAUAGAAUAUUUCUGAAAUUUUUCUUUUGGUUAAUCCAGUUGUAAAUAUUUAUUUUUCCUUACCGGCUUGACAUGUUUUGCCUCUUGGUGAGAAGGUCUGGGCUGCUAUCGCUCCACUUUCGAUGAUGACUCUUGCGAGAGUUAAAAUAUUAUUUCAAGUCGGUAAGUAAAAAUAAAUAUUACUUACAAAUAAUUGACAACUUGUAACUAAAAGAACAAUUUUAGAAAUAUUUAAAAGCAGUUUUUAGCUUUCGAUUGAAAAUUGGAAUAAGAAAACAAAAUUUCUUGUAAAUUAAUGGACAUAUACAGUUUUUAGCACAGUUCAUGUAUUUUUUUGAAUCAACAUUUUUGGUAUUGAAUUGUCUGUGUGAUGAUGAAACCAAAUUGUUCUGUAUAUCAUUUUUUCAUGAUGCUUUUAUAGUUUUCAAAUUUUAUUUGCAAGUUUGGUCAAUCUGGUUCUGGGUUUAGAGUAUAUAUGGUUUAUGUUGUUACUGUACAGUAUAUGGAGAUCCUUUACAUUGUAUAGAGAUUGUUUUUUAAUUCCACUUGUAGAUAGAAAUUUAGA